CCACAUACGUGCCGUCAUUAUUGCCGGAAUAAAAUAAAGGCCCAAUGCGACGGUGUCGACGGGUUCAGUUUACGGACUUGCUCACUUCCCGAUCACUUGAUUAAGUGCGGGCAGCCCAGCGGACCGUUGAUUGUACUGUAUUCGCCAUCCACGGCGCUGUACGACGCCUAGCACGCAGAAAUGCCUCUCAAGAUCUCCGCUUUCCUGGCGACGUCGUUGCUUGUGGGACUUAGUUAUGCGGCGCUGAUUCCAUCCAGAGACGGCAGCUCCUGGGAGGAGGAUUUUCUGGAGAAUGGCGCAAUCGCCGACGAUCGUCCCGACUUCCUUAUUGACGAAGCUGAACUGUUUGGCGUUGCGUUGUCUCCAAUUUGGAACGUAAAUGACGUCUACGCCGCUUGUGGAACCACGCGUGCAUGCAUUGGAGAUUCUGAUAGCUGUGUUUCCGGAAAAAGUUGUGAAUUUCUUCUUUCAUAUGGUGCCGCUGGUGGUGACAAUAAAAUUCCAGUGGAACUAUACGGCAAAUCUCCCAAGUCAAAAUAUAGCACCAAGUUCUGGGUUGGAUUCGGAGUUAAUUUAUCAGGGAAAAUGACAAAUGCAGCCGUUGUCCAGUGUGCGCGUUAUCCUGAUGGCUCUGGAGAAGUGGUUGCUGCGUAUACAAGUGGGAAACAUUCGUAUCACACGCUGGACAACAGACAACUUGGAAUCAGCAAUAUCACUGUCACCUCGGAGGACGAUUAUCAGCAUUGUUCUUUUGAUUUGGAUGUGCAGCGAACAGUUGAUGGGACUGUUUAUGAUCUGGAGAAAGCGUAUCAUAUUCUGGUGGGCUCCGGAAAAGUGAAAGAUGACGAUGACUGGGAUGAGGUGGAUGAUGAAGAUCACUACGUAUACCACCACUGCAACCGAACACGGCAGUGUUACGGUGUCCCAGCCGGAUGUAUAGAAGCAAAGAAUUGUUCCCAGUUGAUCUCAUAUGGAGUGCAGCAUAACCACCGUAUCCCGGUGGAUCUCUAUGGAACCGCGCCCAAUGCGACGUACAAGAAAGACUUCUGGGUUGGCUUCGGAGCUUCACAAUCCGGCGGCAUGGAUCUGAGCGCUGUUGUACAGUGCGCGCACUAUUCGGAUGGAAAAUCUGAUGUUGUUGCCGCGUUUAACGCUCCCCAGCACAAUUACGAACCGCUUACUCGGAAGCACGAAGGUAUCCAUCACAUCAGAACGCACUUCAAGAACGGUUUCGUGCGAUGCGCCUUCGAACUUAACGUGGAGCGCAAUGUUUCGGGCAUGCUUUUCGACCUUCGCCAGCCGUAUUAUCUGCUGCUGGGCUCGGGCUGGAUCAAUGAAACAGCAAGACAUAAAUAUGAUCUGAAAUGGCAUUUGGAGAAACCAUUUAUUUCCAGCCAGAAAAUCGUUUUUGCGUGCGGUAAUAAAUGCAAACCAACCGAAACGUUUAUUUUAUCGAAUGUUUAUGCCGAUUGUGGAACAACACGAAAAUGCAUUGGUGUGCCGGACGGAUGCGUUGACCAGAAAAACUGUCUUCAGUUGUUGUCCUAUGGUGCCGCAGCUCACAAACACAGCCGCACCAUCCCCGUUGAUAUCUUUGGAGCGCCACCGAAUGCGACGUAUGCCGACAAUUUCUGGGUUGGUUUUGGAGCAUCGGAAUCCGGUGGCAUGGAUUACACUGCUGUUGUUCAAUGUGCGCAGUACUCCAACGGCACCGUUGACGUUGUGACCGCUUACAACGCCAAAGACCACAAAUACGUAUCGCUUCCGCAUCAUCAUGCUGGGAUCAAGAAUAUUACCACGACAAAAUAUGAUGGCUAUGUGCAGUGUUCCUUCCAUUUGGAUAUUAGAAGAAAAGUAGCCCAUGAUGUGUACAAUCUGCACAAACCAUAUUAUUUGCUGUUGGGCUCCGGAUGGAUUAACCAAACUGCAACGAAUACUUACGAACUGAAGUGGCACUUACAGAAGCCGGCUAUUUCUAAGGAUAAGAUCGUAAUGGCGUGUGGGAAUAAAUGUGGAGACAACGAACCGGAAAUCGCUGAUGUUUACGAUGAUUGUGGAAAUUCGCGGCAGUGUUACGGUGUUCCAACCGGCUGUGUGGAUAGUAAAAACUGUCUGCAGUUGCUUUCCUACAGCAAUCUUAACACUGGUACCAACACUUUGGACGUCGAUCUGUACGGCACAGCUCCGAAUUCCACAUAUCAGAAUGAUUUCUGGGUUGGUUUCGGAACGUCACAGUCUGGAGGCAUGGAUUUGACCGCCGUUGUGCAGUGUGCGCAGUUCUCCAAUGGCAAUUCCGAUGUUGUUGCCGCCUACAACGCACCUAUGCAUUCUUAUCAACCAUUACCUGAUCGCCACAACGGAAUUUCGCAAAUAUCGACUAGAUUUGCUGGCGGAUUCGUUCACUGCGCUUUUAAACUGGAUGUGACCAGAAAUGUCGCUGGAAACUCUUAUGACCUCCGUAAAGCAUACUAUCUCCUUCUGGGAUCUGGCUGGAUCAACGAAACGGCUCCCAGUACAUAUGAACUGAAAUGGCAUCUCUCGAAGCCGUACGCAACGAAAGAUAAAAUCGUUAUGGCAUGUGGUAAACAUUGCCGCAAUCGACGAUCUUCGGCCGAAGAAGAAGUUGCUGAAUUACCAAGUUUCGAUGAUCUGUACGCAAAAUGCGGAAAAGCACACAAAUGCCAGGGUGUGCCGGAAGGUUGUGUGGAAAAGAAAAACUGCCAACAACUCUUGGCCUACCAAGCAGCUUUGAACGGUCAAAUUCCCAUGUGGUUGUACGGAUUUCCCUAUAAUGCCACAUACAAAGAUGAUUUCUGGAUUGGUUUUGGAGCUUCGAUUUCCGGCGGAAUGGAUAAAACGGCAGUAGUUCAGUGUGCGCAUUAUUCGAACGGAACGAAUGACAUCGUAGCAGCCUACAACGCACCCGACCAUGAAUAUCAACCGUUGACUGAGCGGUAUAUCGGCAUUACCCAUCGACAUGCUUUGCUGGUGGACGGUGCUCUCCAGUGCAGUUUCCAUCUGGAUGUUCAACGAAGUAUUAACGGAACAACGUACGAUUUGAAUACCCCUUAUACUCUUUUACUGGGAACGGGAUGGAUCAACGAAACGAUGCCCAAUGAGUACCAGCUGAUGUGGCACUGGCAGAAGCCUCAAAUUACACCAAAUGUCACAUUUGCUUGCGGUAACUACUGUCCGAGUCCCACAACCGGUUUUCCCGCCGUCUACGAUCAGUGCGGAAAAUCGCGUCGAUGCUUUGGAGUUCCAGCAGGAUGUCUGAAUACUGGAAAUUGUCUCCAGUUGCUGUCCUAUGGUUCAUCAGAUAACAGCACAAAAAUUCCAGUUGAUCUUUAUGGUGUGAACAAUGAUCCCAAGGUGCACCAGUACUGGGUUGGAUUUGGAACUUCGAUCAGCGGCAAAAUGGAAUCAUCCGCAGUCGUUCAGUGCAUGAAUUACGGUAAUGGAUCUUCCGGUAUUUUGGCUGGAUACAAUUCGCACGGUACCGACGGCCAUCAGUACGACGUACUAGUCAAUACCCGUCUGGGAAUUUCGGAAUUCUCCUCGGCAGUUCUGGAUGGCUAUGUUCAGUGCUCAUUCAACCUUGAUGUGACGCGCACCAUUUCCAAUGUUGUGUUUGAUCUCCGUACACCGUAUACUAUUCUCCUUGGAAGUGGAUCUAUCACAGGCGCCGGUAAUCCAGAUUAUCACGAAACCAUCCCGACGAUAUUCUCCCCCAAGGUCGUAAUGGCUUGUGGGAAUCGCUGUCCGCCCAGUGCGUGCACCGGUCAGAACUGCUUCGGUGUGCCGGAAGGAUGCGAAGAGACCGGCAACUGUCAAGCCCUUCUCGCCUGGAGUGCUGUGCCCAAUGGUGAGCCAACUUCCGCCGGGGUCAUCCAAGUGGGACUGUACGGGCGCGUUCCUGACCGGGGUAACGCUUCGGCAUUUUGGAUUGGUUUCGGUGUUACGCACACCAAGAACAUGAGUAAUGCCGCUGUGGUGCAAUGUGUGAAGCGACCCGAUGAUAAGGACAACGAAGUGCUGGCUGCUUAUAACGGAAACGGGCGCCAGUAUGACGUUCUUCCGGACAAACUGUACGGUAUUCAUAACUCGUCCGUUUCGAUGACGGAUGGGGAAAUCGGCUGUACAUUCCAACUGGAUAUUGUCCGUGAGAUUUCCAAUGAAACGUUCGACCUGCGCGAUUACAUGCAUAUUUUGUUGGGAAGCGGUGGCCUGCGCGAAAGAAAUGGCACUCUUCUCCCAGGGAAACAUCUCUCAAGGCCCAGAAUUUCCGCCAAUGAAGUGGCUCUCGCCUGCGCAAAAGACAACUGCUCAACCACCCAGCCACCAACAGUACCAACAACUCCGCCGCUAACAACGGUAGCACCAACAAAUUCCACCGGAAAGUUUGUCUUCCCGAAAGACUGCGAAACCACUGACACAUGCACCAUUGUGGCCACGUUCCAAACUGAUCCCGACGACAAUGGAAAGGUCGCCGUGACCUUGGAAGGAAAAGCCGAUGCCGGGCAGGAGACGUUCUGGUUUGCUUUGGGAGUGGCACCUGGCAUGUCAAUGGCUAAUGCCAUGGUGUUGGAAUGCGUGGUUUGGCGAUCGAACGCCUCGAUGCCAGCCCAGCCGGGAGUUUUUACAUCGUACAACAGCGAUGAUCACAAAAAUUUUCCAACGGCCAUGAAUGGCGUAAUGGCAACUUCUAUGAAAGCCGUCGAUGGAAAGUUCACUUGCUCCAUGACAGUCGACGUAGUACGAACAGUGUUCUGGAACGACAAAAAUGCCACCUUCGAUCUGAAUACUCCUUAUUAUUUGCUACUAGCUAAGGGAUCAGUGACUAACGACCACACGAAAGAUUACCAUCAGGACAAGAGGGUUUGGUCGACCGUAACUGUGGUUGUGAAUAGUACGUCUGGAGGCGAUAUUCCUGUUGCUCGUACUACCAACGCUUUGAAAAAAACACACGCAAUACUGAUGGUACUCGCAUGGAACUUCUGCGCCGCAAUGGGAAUGUUUUUUGCACGCCAUACUAAAGACAUGUGGCCCGAUACUCAACCUUUUAAGGUCAAACUGUGGUUUACGAUCCAUCGUGUGCACAUGGUUUCCGCAGUUGUCCUGUCUAUCACGGCUGUGGUCAUAAUUUUUGUGGAUAAACAGCAAUGGUUGGAUGUUCCUCACGCCUACACCGGCAUUAUUACGUUCGCUCUGGCCUUUGUCCAGCCGAUUAUCGCCACCUUCCGACCCCACCCGGGUACGCCGAAUCGCAAAUAUUUCAACUGGAUUCACUGGAGUAUUGGAUACGGAGCACUGCUGUUAGCCGGUGUAACAAUGGCUUUGGGUACUCUGUUGGACGCCUUGGACAUCGAUCCCGUGGCUACGUGGAUUGUGGUAGGAGCAUACGCUUACAAUGCCCUUCUGCAGCUGAUCUUGGAAAUCCACAAAGCAGGACAGGCAAAUAAGAAACGCCGCGAGUCCAGAGAGCAUUUGGCCAAAACCGAUGAUAAGCCAGAAAAGGUGGAACCGGUUAUUGAGCCACUGGAACCGGAUGAUAUGGUUCGAAAGGUUAUCCUGGGUUUGACUUGGCUGGGAUUGUUUGGUGAUACGAUUGCAGUGAUUGUUUUCAUUGCCAUUGCGUAGUGAUUAGUCGAUUAUGUGCCCUUAUAGGGCCAUUAGUCGACGCAGGUUUUUGCAUUUUACCGGUGAUUUAAUUUUAUUUCUGUGAUGAAUGUUAAACUUGAUCUUGGCCUGUUGUGAGUGUUCACUUCUUCGCCAGAAGUGUGCUCUCCUGCCAUUUGUUGAUUUAUUGUUCUGUGAUUUUGGUAUCGAAAGGAAAAAAAACUUGUCAGUAA